AUGAUACAUCAAACUCCCUCCUUUACUGCCCUCUGUCGCACUCAAGAGACCUCCCUCCCCGAAGGUAGCAAGCAGUCCAUUCAUGCGCACAUCAUCUCUGCUCUCACUUCACUCACUUGCCCUUGCUUGUUUCCUCACUCCCCUCCCCUCUCCUCAAUUCCCGCCCCCUCCUCCCUUCUCUUUGUCCUGAUCUUCCCUUUCUCGUCCCAGCAGGUCGCUCACACGGGAGUGGCUGUGACGGGGGACAUGGACAGGUCGCUCACACGGGAGCAGCAGUGGCGGGGGGCAUGGAGUGCACCAGCAGCAGCUGCUCUCCACCCAACCCACCCGCAGCUAAUUCUCUCCUUGCUGGUUGAGGGGAGGGGUGUGGGGGUCAACACCGCCACUUCCCUGCGCUCCUCCCCUGUGGCCAUGCAGGUGGAAGUGGUGGGAGAGGAGGGGGAGCAGACGAGGGGAGGCGAGGGGCAGGCGAGGGGGAGGCGAGCGGGAGGCGAGGGGGGCAGCAGGGCAGCAGCCCGGCCUCAUCAAAGGUUGAGGUUGCAAGUUGGUAGUGGCUCUUGUGGGGUUGUGGGCGGCGUCACGUGCACUGUCGUUUCUGCAUUCGCACUGCUGUCACGUGCUCUUCUCACUUGCAAGGGCCGCUCCCUCCUGCCGGUCAUGUACUCGCUCUCUCUCUCCCUUCUCUGCCUUGCAGGUCCUUCCCUUCAAGCCUUUCGCCCACUCGGCAUUAACGCACCCCCUCCGCCUACACCACCACGCCUCCUUGAACCUUGCCUCUCAUUCUGCUUCAUGUAUUUCUUUUCCAUUCCGUCUGCUCUCAAAUCUCACCACUCGUUGGGGCGCAACUCGCAAGCCACAGACCUCCCACUUGCUAUUCCAGGUAAACCCCUCAGGUUCAGUGGCCUCUCCCCCUCUCAUUUGCCUUGCAUGCUCUGCUCUUGCACUUGCACCCUUCGUCCCCUCGCUACCUACUCACCAGCUCUGCGUGUGUGCCUUGCAGGUGGGGGGGAGGGGUGUGGGGUCAGCACCGCCAUUCCCUCACGCCUCUCCCCGGCGGCCGUGCAGAGAGGGACGCACACGGGAAGGCUGGGAGGAGGGCUGCCGGGGAAGGAGUCACCUGCUGCUGCUGCAGCUGCCCUGUGCAAGUGUGCAGGUACCCCCUCAGGUGCAAGUGUGCAGGUACCCCCUCAGGUGCAGCCCUUGGGUCUGCAGUUUGUGACUUGGCCUCCACCAGUGGCCCCUCCCCUCUCCCGCCUUGCAAAUGCCGUUCCCUCUCUUGCACUUUCACCAUUCAUCCCCUCGCUGCCCACUGACCAGCUCUGCGUGUGUGCCUUGCAGGUGGAGGGGAGGGGCGGGGGUCAACACGGACGCUUCCCCACGCCCCUCCCCGGUGGCCGUGCAGGUAGCCGUGGGGAUGGGAGGGAGGCAGCACUGCCAAUCGCUGCACCAAGGGAGAGCAUCGGGGUGGGCUUGGCCUCUCAAGGUCACUUGGCAUUCAACAGGAGGCAUGCACUGGAGGAGAAUGGGAGGGGAGCAAGGAUGACGCAACAGCUCUCUCAAAGGCUCUUCCUUUUCCAGUGGAGGGGAGGGGCGGGGGUCAACACCGACGCUUCCCCACGCUCCUCCCCUAUGGCCGUGCAGGUACCCGUGGGGAUGGGAGGGAGGCAGCACGGCCAGUCGCUGCCACAAGGGAGAGUAUCGGGCCUGAAGGAGGGAGGGAGCACUGGAGCAUGGCGAAACAGAGGCAUUCCUUCUCUUAACUCCCCCCCCCUUCUCUCCCUCCUCCUCCCACUUACCAGCAGCCUUGGCAUCAUGGCGUUCUAA